AUGUCUCUCCUGUCCGAGGCCAUCUGGGCCCCUUCUCCCACCACCAGCAGAGGCCAGCCAACACCUCUCUCGUCUGAUCCUAAAGGCGAACGUAUAGCAUAUGCUUCUAACAAGUCCAUCUUCCUCCGGUCCAUCAACAACCCUUCCAUCAGUAAACAAUACACCCAACACACCGCUUCAACCACCGUUGCCCGUUUCUCCCCUUCCGGCUUCUACGUGGCGAGUGGAGAUGAGUCGGGCACCGUCCGCGUAUGGGAUGCACAAGGCGAAGGUUCCACAAAAGGCGAGUACCAUAUCAUUGCUGGCCGUAUCAAUGAUCUUGCUUGGGACGGUGACUCCCAGCGCAUCAUCGCCGUAGGCAAUGGCAAAGAGCGGUUCGGGCACUGCAUUACAGCCGACAGCGGAAACAGCGUUGGCGAAGUAUCCGGCCACUCGUCUCAAAUAAACUCCGUCUCUAUACGCCAGCAACGCCCCCUUCGCGCCGUAACCGGCUCGGAUGACACCAGUCUCGUCUUCUACCAUGGCGCGCCGUUCAAGUUCAACACCAGCCUCAGGGCCCAGCACAAGGGUUUUGUAUUCGGCACUGCUUUUGCACCGGACGGAUCCGUGUUUGCAAGUGUUGGAGCCGACAAGAAAAUCUGGCUAUACGACGGCAGGACGGGAGACCCAAAGGGCCAGAUUGGGGAAGGGGUCCAUACUGGCAGCAUAUUCGGCAUCUCGUGGGCCAAGGACUCGAAGAGAUUCGUCACAGCGAGCGCAGAUCAAACCGUCCGGAUCUGGGAUCCAGAGGCAGGUAAAGUGAUCCAGACAUGGAGAAUGGGCGAGGAGGGCACGCCCAGUAUCCCAGACCAGCAGAUGGGUGUCGUUUGGCCGGCUGGAAGAAGCGAUGGGCUCGUCAUUAGCGUCGAUCUCGCUGGGAACCUCAACUACUUCUGUGAGGGUACGCCAAACCCGACUCGAGUAGUCCGUGGACACCAAAAGGGCGUCACAGCCGCCGGUAUCUCUGGCUCCACAUUGUUCACAGGAAGCUAUGACGGCCGCGUGCUUGCGUGGGAUACCUCCGCUGGUGUCGCAGAGAGGGUUGAGGGAGACUCGCACUCAAACUACGUUGCGGGUUUCUCAGCCUCGGACGCCAAAGGCCAGCCCGAAGUCUAUAGUGUGGGGUGGGAUGACACUCUACGAUCCAUAUCGGUCGCCAACAGGAUAUUUACGGGUACCGCGCAGUCGCUGGGUUUUCAGCCCAAGGGAGUGGCGGCUGCAGCUGGUGUUGUGCUUGUCCCGUCUGCAGAUUCGAUACAUGUGUUCUCCAAAGGUAACAAGGCUGGCUCACUCACGGUCAAGUACACUCCCACCUGCAUAGCGGUGCAUGGAUCCACAGUCGCCGUGGGAGGCGAUGAUAAGCUGGUUCAUGUCUACACGCUCGCAGGCAGUGAUCUCAAGGACACGGGCACUGAGCUUAGACGUGCGACGGCUGCAAUCUCUGCGUUGGCCUUCUCCGCCACCGGUGAAAAGCUCGCCGUGGGCGCAGGAAAUGGCAAGGUGUAUGCCUAUGAGACCUCUGGAGACUGGAGGCUCAUCACCGAUCGCUGGAGCGCUCACACCGCACGCAUAACUUGCCUUGCGUGGGACCGGACAGGCAACUUUGCAGCAAGUGGUAGUCUCGACACCAAUGUGAUGGUAUGGAGUGUGGAAGAGCCUGGCAAACGAAUCAAGGCCCUCAAUUCUCACAAGGACGGCGUCACAGGCGUUGCUUGGGAGAAGGCUGACACUGUGCUGUCGACGGGUGGAGACGCCAGCGUGAAAGUUUGGAAACUGGCAGGCUGA